UUGACCGGUCACUAGUUGAUCAACUUCUAUGCCUACAUUAUUUGGUGGAAAUCGCUGUUCAUCAUAAAGAUUUUCAGGAUGCAUUUAAUUUUUUGGGCGAUAAACUUUUCCUUCCUCUUCGGACUCGUAUCUUCCAGUACUAUUAAACUCCCCAAUGAUGAAUUCCAGACAUUCGAUUUGAUCGAAGAAGCUCGACAGCAAAUCAUUUCGAUCGUCGGUGGCACUCCAGCCGCCGCCGGUGAAUUUCCGUAUAUGACCGUUAUGCGGUACAAUGGUGGACUUCGUUGCGGUGGAUCCUUAUUUGGGCCUUCACAUGUCCUAACGGCGGCUCACUGUUUGUACGGGUUACCAGUGUCAGACACGAGCAAAUUAACCGUGACUGCAAACACUUUAAAGUUGGGUACUGAUGCUAACGCCGUCACGAGAUCAGUAUCGAAAUUCAUUAUUCAUCCAAAUUACAAUACCCGAAACAACGAUAAUGACGUCGCCUUGCUAGUCCUCAGUUCUCCCAUUAACAACGUAGAAAAAGUUUCGCUUCCCGACGCGGAAACGGUGACAACUACGACAUCCACAUCAUCAACAACAACAACAACAACAAGAACCACAAGGAGACCUUUCUUUCCAAUAAAAACAACAAGGAGACCAUCGACGGCGAAAACUACAACGAAAAUUGCCAUUGCUACAACAACGAGACCAACGGUAAAAACAUCGACAACAAGGCGGACACCGAACAUGGCAACAGGCAAUCCAACAAUUAAAACAACAGUAAAAACCAUGACGGAAAAACCGGUUCCAAAGGUUUUCGACUCUUACGCCAACAAGCCGGCGGCCAUCGCCGGAUGGGGAGCAACAACUUCUGGAGGAAGUAUUUCACAGGUACUGUUAAAAGCUACAGUCCAAGUCCUAGACAAUACAAUCUGUACGAAGCAAUAUGGCUCCUCGUUCGUUGGCGCUAAUAUGUUGUGCGCUGCCGCUCCGGGUAAAGACACCUGCCAGGGCGACAGUGGCGGACCGCUUCUUGUUGAUGGAGUUCAGGUGGGAAUCACAAGCUGGGGCUAUGGUUGUGCUUCUCCAAAUUAUGCUGGUGUGUAUACACGCGUCACCAGUUACGUCGACUGGAUCUCAGCCACCCAAGCUAGCAAUCCUGCUCCAGCUUCUGGCUGAAACGUAUGUAUCUGCAACCAUCGUGAACCGAAAAACUAGAAUGUUUCAGAAAAUGUAACUGACGUUUGGUUUUA